AUGCGUGAAUUGCGCAUCGAAAAGUUGGUGUUGAACAUCUGUGUCGGUGAAUCCGGUGACAGAUUGACCAGAGCCUCCAAGGUUUUGGAACAAUUGUCGGGUCAAACCCCCGUCCACUCGAAGGCUAGAUACACCGUCAGAACCUUCGGUAUCAGAAGAAACGAAAAGAUCGCUGUCCACGUCACCAUCAGAGGUCCCAAGGCCGAAGAAAUUCUCGAAAGAGGUCUUAAGGUCAAGGAAUACCAAUUGAGAGACAGAAACUUCUCGGAAACCGGUAACUUCGGUUUCGGUGUCCAAGAACACAUUGACUUGGGUAUCAAGUACGACCCCGGUAUCGGUAUCUACGGUAUGGACUUCUUCGUCGUCAUGGGCAGAGCUGGUGGCAGAAUUGCUAAGAGAAAGAGAUGCAGAGGCACCAUCGGUAACUCGCACAAGACCAACAAGCAAGACACCAUCGCUUGGUUCAAGCAAAGAUACGACGCCGACGUGUUGGACAAGUAA